AUGGAUUUCAAAUUUGAUCCAGGAAAUGUGAGUGUGAUUCCUUUGUGGAUCACAUUCCCAGGGCUACCAUUGGGAUUCUGGUCUACUGAAGCACUUAGCAAACUAGCUAGUGUGGUUGGGAAGCCUUUGUACACUGAUAAGAUCACUGCUGAAAUGGAAAAGGUAUCCUAUGUAAGAGUUUUGGUGGAAACUGACUUAUCCCAACCAUUACCAGAUAGCUUUGAGAUGCAAACUAAGAGGGGAGUCAUAAUUCAGCAAAUUGACUAUGAAUGGAAGCCAAAGUAUUGUUGUGAUUGCAUUAGAUUUGGGCAUAACUCAGAUGAAUGUUGGCUCAAGGAAGUGCAGGAAAAGACAAAGGCAGUAAAGGUUCAACUAAAGGAAGAUGUGAAAAAGAAACAAAUACACAGAGGGACAUUGAAAUGGAUGCCAAAAGAUAAGAGGAAGGAUGAUGUGAUUCAACAUGCUAGGAAUGCAAGGGACAUUCAACAAACAAAUGACAAAGGAGAUGACAAACCUGUGGAUAAUGGGGAAAUGAAAGGGAAAAGUGUACAACAAAGUGCAGUAGUUAUGAUGAACUCCACAAACAGGUUCUCUUUGUUGCAGAUAGUAGAUGAUCCAGGGGACGCUGACCCAUCCAGCUUCACCCCAAAAUGA